ACUCUCAUCACAAUCACGUUACACAAAAAUCACUUUUUUCAACGUUAAUUAAUUCAUUAAUCUAUAUAAAUCUUGCCACCUUAAUCACACCUCAAUUUCCUCUUGUCGACACUUUGCAACUGUUUCCACACACUUUUAGGUUGUAACACACACACUCACACAAAGACACCACCUUAAAAUUCACACCGUCGGUUCCACUGUCUGUCUCUCACAUGUAACUAAAUCCAAACACUUGUUGAGAUCUCAUCCGUUUCUCUUCUUCUUUUAGAUAAAGUAUUUCCUUUUCUUCUACCCAAUUGGAUUCUCAUCUCAACCCAGUAAAUCGUUAAGUCAGUGUACUGUGAGAAGCUGUAUUUUGAAUUAUUGGUGCUGCGACGUUUGGUUUGGGUUUGGAUUGUGGAUUUGACUUUGAAUGUCUGGUGAAGCAGAAGCAAGAUCCUUUUAAUAGUUCAUAACUGAACACUGAAAUUUGGAUCUGUAUCGAUUUCAAAUUUCAACUAAUAAAUGUCGAGGGGAAGAACUGAUGGAUCACAGAAGAAGCGCUUAGUUGCUUCCAUCUGCACCGUGACGAUCUUCAUUGGUUUUCUGUAUGUGUACGGUGGAUCCAUCUUUGGUUCUCAAAAUAGUGGUUCAUCUGCUCUAGAAUAUGGAAAAACAUUGAGGAAACUUGGCUCCUCGUAUUUGGGUGCGGAUGAUGAUAACGAUGGAAAGCAAGAUGAAUCUUCAUCAAGUUUCGGGCAGAGCGAUGAGGAGGACAAUUUUGUUCCAAAGAGUUUCCCUGUUUGUGAUGAUCGUCAUUCAGAGUUGAUUCCUUGCUUAGAUAGACACCUUAUCUAUCAACUACGGAUGAAAUUGGACUUGUCUCUGAUGGAACAUUAUGAGAGACAUUGCCCUCCUGCAGAAAGGCGCUACAAUUGCUUGAUUCCACCGCCAUCAGGAUACAAGGUCCCGGUUAAGUGGCCAAAAAGCAGAGAUGAGGUGUGGAAAGCAAAUAUCCCGCAUACUCACCUUGCACAUGAGAAAUCUGACCAGAACUGGAUGGUUGAAAAGGGUGAAAAGAUAGUGUUUCCUGGAGGCGGGACUCAUUUUCAUUAUGGAGCUGAUAAGUACAUUGCAUCAAUGGCAAAUAUGCUUAACUUUUCGAACAAUAAUCUAAACAAUGAAGGAAGGUUGCGGACAGUGCUUGAUGUUGGUUGUGGUGUUGCAAGUUUCGGAGGAUACCUUCUUUCAUCUGAUAUCAUUACAAUGUCAUUGGCACCAAAUGAUGUGCAUCAAAAUCAAAUCCAAUUUGCCCUAGAAAGGGGAAUUCCUGCAUACCUUGGUGUCUUGGGAACUAAGAGACUCCCUUACCCCAGCAGAUCCUUUGAACUUGCUCAUUGUUCUCGUUGUCGUAUUGAUUGGCUUCAAAGAGACGGAAUACUGCUUCUUGAACUAGACCGGGUGCUAAGGCCAGGAGGUUAUUUCGCGUACUCAUCUCCCGAAGCGUAUGCUCAGGAUGAAGAGAAUCUAAGGAUAUGGAAAGAAAUGAGCGAUCUCGUGGGACGUAUGUGUUGGAGAAUAGCUUCUAAAAAGGAUCAAACUGUCAUCUGGCAAAAACCUUUGACAAAUCAGUGCUAUAAAGAAAGAGAACCUGGUACUCGCCCUCCUCUGUGCCAGUCUGACGCAGAUCCCGAUGCAGUUUGGGGAGUAAAUAUGGAAGUUUGUAUUACACCUUACAGUGAACAUGACAACAAAGCUAAAGGCAGUGGCUUAGCUCCUUGGCCAGCAAGAUUGACCAGUCCUCCUCCUAGAUUAGCUGACUUUGGCUAUUCAAAUGAAAUGUUCGAGAAGGAUAUGGAACUAUGGCGAGAGAGAGUCGAUAAAUACUGGAGUCUCAUGAGUCAAAAAAUCAAAUCGAACACGAUAAGGAAUAUUAUGGAUAUGAAGGCAAACAUGGGCUCAUUUGCGUCUGCUCUUAAAGACAAAGAUGUCUGGGUGAUGAAUGUUGUACCUCAAGAUGGACCAAACUCACUUAAACUUAUAUAUGACAGAGGCCUCAUUGGUGCCACUCAUGACUGGUGUGAAGCAUUCUCAACAUACCCUCGAACUUACGACUUGCUCCAUGCAUGGAGCGUCUUGUCUGACGUAGCAAAGAAAGAUUGCAGUCCGGAGGAUCUAUUAAUUGAGAUGGACCGCAUACUCAGGCCAACCGGUUUUAUAAUCUUUCGUGAUAAACAGCCGAUGAUUGAUUUUGUGAAGAAGUACUUAACUGCUUUGCACUGGGAAGCAGUUGCAACUGCGGAUGAUGAAGAUGAAGUAGUUUUUAUCAUCCAGAAGAAAUUGUGGCUGACUAGUGGAAGCUUCAGGGAAACUGAAUGAAUAAAACAAACAUGAAACAACUGUUGCAUUAUGCUAUCUUCUGUUGCAAAGGGAUCAAAGCACUUCCCAAGUGGUGAAGCAGUGAACAACUUCUUCAUUUUGUAGCAUUAUAUAAUGUUUUCUUUUCACUCUAUUUCCUUUAUUUAAUUCUCAUUUUUGAGAUUAAUGAUAUAAGUUAUUGUUUAAGCUUUUAUAGGCUAUUCAAAUUUUGCUGCCUGCAUUUGGGUGGGUAUUAUUGUAAGCUGUACAAUAAUCAAGACAUGGUAAUUGACUAAAUGAUUAAAGUAUAGUUAAGGACUUAUCACUUAUAA